AUGGAGCAUGACGCCGAGCAAGGAGCAUCAGCAGUCGGCCCUUCAAAUCCGUCAGGUGUAGACUCUAUUGCCGACAACCCCGCCCCAGAAGGACCAACGACGUUGCAGCAAGCAUUGGAGACUGACAACAUCGAAGAGAACCCUGAUAUCAGCAACGAGGAACGAUGGUCGCUGAUUUGGACGUUACUGAUCAUCUACUCGGCGUAUAAUGCCGUUGUGGGGUUCUUCGUGUCGCUUGGGGGAUUUCUCGCCAAUAUGAUUUUUUACAUUGUUGUUGUUGGACCCACUUCCAGUUGUUCCCAAGCCGACAAACUAUUCAUCUUGUCCACUGUGAUUUUUGGGAUUAACUUGUGCGACAUGACACUGGGGUGUUGCACGGUGGGAUACAGUUGGUUCCUGAAAAGGUCUCCUGCUGCUGGUCCACAACAACAACAAGCCAACAGCGACAGCAGUGAAAAUCGAAACAUCUUGCCUCAUAUCCGCAACAGCAUCAUCAUUUGCACAGUGCAACUGUUCCUUUCCUUGUCAGGCAUUGUAAUUGCCAUUGUGGGGUUGGUGCAAAAUGCCAGUGCAUGCGCCGGAUCGGGCGCUGGCAUGGCAUUUAACAUCUUGCUGUUUUUAGACUCGGGAUGGGAACUCUUCAUCUGGAUUGGAGCCUACUACGUAUUGCACGACAAAGCAUUCCAACAGGAAUUCAUCAAAAGCCACUCAGAACCCCACCUAUUCGACAAUAUCACCUUUGACUUCCCUGGUUGGUCCAAGAUACAGUAUUUGACAUAUGACGCGGUCAUUGCUCUUGGUAUCACGGCGUGCGAGACUUCUGGUUUGUUCACCGGAACUGAAUUCUACGACAACUUGCUGAAAAUUGACUUUGAGGGUUUGUCAGGUAGAGUUCAGUUAGACAGCAAAGCAGGGAACCGGCGUGGGGGUGGUCUCGAGUUUGAGAUUAUCAAUGUAGUUAUCUCAGAUCAAACAAGUGCUCACCCGGACAAUGGAUCGAUUUCAUUCACUCGGAAUGCCACUGCUUUGGUCACAUUUCAACCAGAGACACACCAAGGCAAUGUAGAAUUGCUACAGCCUUUCCUCUACAAUGACAACACAACAAAGCCACCUCCCGUGUUGCCACAACUGGAAGAAAAAAUGAACCUGAUUCCAGAGCCGGUCUUGGUAUUUGGAUUUUGUCUGGCAGGAAUUAUUAUCCUCCAAUUGAUUGGAUGGGCUGGAUGGGUUCAUGUCAACAGGCAAAAGCCUGUAGUUUCUGCAGCACAACCACUCUUCUUGACAUUGCUGUGCAUGGGAACAUUCCUGAUGGCAUUGGCAAUCAUCCCUCUUGGCCUCCAAGAACCCAGCACUGGCUUGGAUGCAGCAUGUAUGUCAAUCCCCUGGCUAGUCUGCAUUGGAUUCUGUGUUGCCAUGUCAGCCUUGCUUUCGAAAGCUAUCAGAAUCAACAAACUAAUGAAGUCUGGCACUGCUUUCCGAAGGGUUGUGCUGAAACCAACUGAUGUGAUGCCGCCCUUUCUCACAUUGAUGUGCAUCAAUGUUGCUUUCCUAAUUGCCUGGACAGCUUCGCCAUACAGUUUGUCGUGGCAACGGACCAAAGUCAACAACUAUGACGAGUUUAGGCGACAGGUUGAGUCUGUUGGCAUGUGCCAGCCACAAGGAGACCAAUGGUACCUAUUCUUCUUGCUGCCUUUGACAGCAGUCAAUAUUGUUGCAACUGGCCUUGCCACAUACCAUACAUACAAAGCCAGAGACCUCCCAGUAGAGUUUCGUGAGACCAGGUACUUUGCUCUGUCGAUGAUCACUCUCUCAGAGAUUUGUUUGAUUGGUCUACCAACCAUUGGAGCUGUGGUCGGAAGCCCAACCGGGCUCUACUUGGUGGUUUCUAUUGUCCUGUUUGUAUCCUGCAAUGCCAUCUUGCUCCCGCUGUUUGUUCCCAAGUACCUCUGUCGAAAUGUGACAGCACGAGGGAACCCCAUUCGCAGUAGCAUUGAAGCAUACAACAAAGGACCAGAAUAA